CUCAGCCUCCUCUACUCUGCUUCUCCCAAAGCCUGCAAAUGCCCCAGACAUGAACCAGCCCAGGCCCCGCUACGUGGUAGACAGAGCCGCAUACUCUCUCACCCUCUUCGAUGAUGAGUUUGAGAAGAAGGACCGGACAUACCCAGUGGGAGAGAAACUUCGCAAUGCCUUCAGAUGUUCCUCAGCCAAGAUCAAAGCUGUGGGGUUUGGGCUGCUGCCUGUGCUCUCCUGGCUUCCCAAGUACAAAAUCAAAGACUACAUCAUCCCAGACCUGCUGGGUGGACUCAGCGGGGGAUCCAUCCAGGUGCCACAAGGCAUGGCAUUUGCUCUGCUGGCCAACCUUCCUGCAGUCAAUGGUCUCUACUCCUCCUUCUUCCCCCUCCUGACAUAUUUCUUCCUGGGGGGUGUGCACCAGAUGGUGCCAGGUACCUUUGCGGUUAUCAGCAUCCUGGUGGGUAACAUCUGUCUGCAGCUGGCCCCAGAGUCGAAAUUCCAGGUCUUCAACAAUGCCACCAAUGAGAGCUAUGUGGACACGGCAGCCAUGGAAGCAGAGAGGCUGCACGUGUCAGCAACGCUAGCCUGCCUGACCGCCAUCAUCCAGAUGGGCCUGGGCUUCGUGCAGUUCGGCUUUGUGGCCAUCUACCUCUCUGAGUCCUUCAUCCGGGGCUUCAUGACGGCCGCUGGUCUGCAGAUCCUGAUCUCAGUGCUCAAGUACAUCUUCGGACUGACCAUUCCCUCCUACACAGGCCCAGGGUCCAUCGUCUUUACCUUCAUUGACAUCUGCAAAAACCUCCCCCACACCAACGUUGCCUCACUGGUCUUCGCCCUCAUCAGUGGAGUCUUCCUGGUGCUGGUGAAGGAGCUCAAUGCUCGCUACAUGCACAAGAUCCGCUUCCCCAUCCCUACAGAGAUGAUUGUGGUGGUGGUGGCUACAGCUAUCUCCGGGGGCUGUAAGAUGCCCAAAAAGUAUCACAUGCAAAUCGUGGGAGAGAUCCAACAUGGGUUCCCCACUCCGGUGUUGCCUGUGGUUUCUCAGUGGAAGGACAUGAUAGGCACAGCCUUCUCCCUGGCCAUCGUGGGCUACGUCAUCAACCUGGCUGUGGGCCGGACCCUCGCCAGCAAGCACGGCUAUGACGUGGAUUCGAACCAGGAGAUGAUUGCCCUGGGCUGCAGCAACUUCUUCGGCUCCUUCUUUAAAAUUCACGUCAUCUGCUGUGCUCUCUCCGUCACUCUGGCUGUGGAUGGCGCUGGAGGAAAAUCCCAAGUGGCGAGCCUUUGCGUGUCUCUGGUAGUGAUGAUCACCAUGCUGGUGCUGGGGUCCUAUUUGUACCCUCUCCCCAAGUCUGUGCUAGGAGCCCUGAUUGCUGUCAACCUCAAGAACUCCCUCAAGCAACUUGCCGACCCCUACUACCUGUGGAGGAAGAGCAGGCUGGACUGUUGUGUCUGGGUGGUGAGCUUCCUCUCCUCCUUUUUCCUGAGCCUGCCGUAUGGUGUGGCAGUGGGUGUCGCCUUCUCUAUCCUGGUUGUGGUCUUCCAGACCCAGUUUCGAAAUGGCUACGCUCUGGCCCAGGUCAUGGACACUGACAUUUAUGUGAAUCCCAAGACCUACACUGGGGUCCAGGACAUUCAGGGGAUUAAGAUCGUUACCUACUGUUCCCCUCUCUACUUUGCCAACUCUGAGAUAUUCAGGCAAAAGGUCAUUGCCAAGACGGGUAUGGACCCCCAGAAAGUAUUACUAGCCAAGCAGAAAUACCUCAAGAAGCAGGAGAAGAGGAGAACAAUGCCCACACAGCAGAGGAAGUCUCUAUUCAUGAAAACCAAGACUGUCUCCCUGCAGGAACUCCAGCAGGACUUCGAGAACGCCUCCCCGACCGAUCCCAAUAACAACCAGACGCCGGCUAAUGGCGCCAGUGUGUCCUACAUCACCUUCAGUCCCGACACCGCCUCAACUACCCAGUGUGAGCCGCCAGCCUCUGCUGAGGCCCCCGGUGAGCCCUGUGACACGCUGGCCAGUGUCCCGCCCUUCAUUACCUUCCACACCCUCAUUCUCGACAUGAGUGGGGUCAGCUUUGUGGACCUGAUGGGCAUCAAAGCCCUAGCCAAGCUAAGCUCCACCUACGGGAAGAUUGGUGUGAAGGUCUUCUUGGUGAACAUCCAUGCCCAGGUGUACAACGACAUCAGCCAUGGAGGCGUCUUUGAGGAUGGGAGUCUAGAGUGCAACCACGUCUUUCCCAGCAUUCACGAUGCUGUCCUCUUUGCCCAAGCAAAUGCCCGAGAAGCUGUGGCCCGAGGACGCAACUUCCAAGGAGCUCCAAGGGACUCUGAGCUCUCCUUGUAUGAUUCGGAGGAGGACAGCCCCAGCUACUGGGACUUAGAGCAGGAAAUGUUUGGGAGCAUGUUUCACGCAGAGACCCUAACCGCCCUGUGAGGACCCAGCCAGUCCUCAUGCUGUCUCCGGAGUACCUGGCUUCCACGAAGGAUGAGCCCAGGAUCACAGGGAGUAACUGGUAGAGGAGAAUGCAGCCUCCAGGACUCCGGUUACUCUCUCCCCUCCUCCUCCUCUCUUCCUCCCUCCCUCCCUCCCUGCAUCUCUAGAGAGAGCUUCUCUGCAGCAGGGAGAGCCUGCUCUUACAGGAGUAAGAGUCCAGCGAGCCCACCCAUCACCUCUCCUGACCCUCAGGCCCUGGUUGGCAAUGAGCAAGCCUCCUCACUCCACCUACCCACCCGUGCUCUGCCCAUGGCAGUUGAUGGACACCUUGACUCCAAGACUUUAAGAGUGAGCCAAGAACAGAAGGACAAGUACAACUGUGUUGACCUGGUGUGCAUGCUUCAAAGUCCUAGGGCCCUCAUGGCUUGGUGUCAGAUGGUAUCAGGCUGUCAUAGGACACAGGGAUAAACUUGUCUCCUCCAGCUGCCCCAACUCUGUCCCUGGCAGCUCUCCAGUCAGGGACACGUGCUCCCACACCCAGGAGUCUGUCUGUCUUGAUGACUGUGUGUGCUUCCUCUUCAUCCCAAGGCUACCCAGAUCUUCACUGCUGUCAACAUAUCAGACUCUAACCUGGGUCAUGUCCAGGACCCUCAAGGCCACCAGAGCUACCUCCCCAAGGGCAUCCCACCAACUAAGGUACUGCCUCAGCCUCCUGAAACACCACUCCCCAUGCCCUCAGGAGCUGCUCCCUUUUACUUGAGUCUGGAUAGGAAUCCAAAAAGAGGGGAGAGGUAGCUGGCAGAAUCUUCUGGCAGCCUAGCAAUAGAUACCAGUUAUUCUGCACAAAAACUUUUAGAAAUCCCUCUUUGUACUAGAGACUCGGAGGGAGAAAGGGUGCUAGUACCAAACGGGUGGGAGCUGGGCCCUGACCGUCCCUUCUGACCUCAUGGUCCAUCAGGGAAGUGCCUCCC